GGCGCAAUUCUCGUGUCUCCUUUACUUCAGCCUUCCCUGAAGAGUGUGUCCUUUUGCUGGAAUUUUGGUUCUUUUCUCAACACCCUCAAAGCUCUGUAAGAGAUCCGAAUGAGGUCGUGGCCUCGUUCCGGCUACACCGUCAUGGCGUCGCAGCGAUACGACGACGGGCUCGAACCGGCCCCUCAAAACUUUCCCGAAGUUGCUCCCCCACAUACUCAUGAUUAUUAUGCCCAGCAACACCAUCAGUAUCCGGAGGCUUAUCACGACUCACCGCCAAUACCGAAACCUGCACCAUCGCCAUACUCGCCUCCUCCGCCCUCGUCAGGUUAUGGCGGCGCAACCACGAUAGCGGGCUCGACGGUUGGAUCGCACGCACAUGUGGGAGAUGCUCACACAACACCAACAAGUGACGGGAAAGGGAGAAUGAUAUGCGGUUGCAGUCUGUUGACCUUUGUUCUGUCGUGUAUCAUUGCGCUGUUAUCCGCUGCGGUGAUCGGAUUGGCGGCCGGAACGGGGAUCGAAGCGAGUAGGGCGAACGAUGCUGUCACUAAGUUGGCAGCCUAUACCUCGGCGAACCCGGUGAUGUCAGCGACCUCAUCGACGACCGCGACCGCGACCGCGACAUCGACGGGUGGUAUCGGCAGUGCCACUUCAUUAUCAGGGGUCGAAAUCGAUAGCGGCUGUGGCAGUCGGAAAGACAAGGUGAAUGGGACGAUUUACACGUCGCUUAAACCACUGGGCCAGCUCAGGUACAGGAUCUACUGCUCCAGUGACUAUAAGCGGGACACGACCAAGAAGAGCGACUUGGCUGCCAUCUUCACGGCCGACUUUGAGGGAUGUAUGGAUGCCUGCGCGUCGUGGACCAAGUACGUGGUCCCGAAAACUGACAGCAAAGACCCGAACUGGAACUGCGAGGCCGUUUCAUUCAUUCCGGCUUGGACGAACAGAUCGACUGCCGAGGCGGGCGGCGCCUCUGGAAAUUGUUACCUGAAAGCUGGUCCAGUAUCGAUAGACAAGCUUCGGAACAACACCAUCAAUGUUGACGUUCAUGCUGCCCUUUGGCAGAACGGUUGAUGGGAAGACACGCGUUUGGGGGAGGAAGCGAAUAGGCAACCUGUCGAAAUUCGGGCGAUGGAUUGUGUGCAACUGUGGUUAUGUUGGAUGGCUUCUUUGGUGUGGUAAAGGAGCGUGGCGUUCAAGCCAGUACUGGUAUGGAAUAAAAUCGGAUUAUCGCCAUGGCGUUUUCUCAAGUUGCGGGCAAAAUGUGACUGGU